UGCUUGGACACGCAGUCCAGGGGUGGACCUCCCCCUUUACCCGUUGCCCUCUAGGGUUGUCCAUACACCCCACUUUCCAGGGUGCAGCCCCCUCCUUAGUCUGGGAUCUGAACAAGACCUGAGAUUCAACCUUUCGAUCUUCAUCUCAGGUUCAGUCAGCCCUACCAUGACAAAGGAGUAUCAAGAUUUUCAGCAUCUGGACAAUGAGGAGAAUGAUCAUCAAUCCACAACAGAGCUGAUUCCUUCCCGGACGCUCUUCCGGCGCCUCUGCUCCAGUACCCGCCUGCUGCUGCUCGCGCUGGGCCUCAGCCUCCUCCUGCUGUUGGUCAUCUGUGUCAUUGGAUCCCAACACUCCAAGCUGGAGGAGGAACUGCAGACUCUGAGAGAGACUUUCAGCAACUUCACAAAGACCACGGAGGGCGAGGUUAAGAACCUGCACAUCCAGGGAGAAAGUAUGGGCAGAAAGAUGAAAUCUUUGGAGUCACAGGUGGAGAAGCAGCAACACAGCCUGAAAGAAGAUCAUUCCUCCCUGCUGCUCCAUGUGAAGCAGUUUGUGGUCAGCCUUCGAAGCCUGAGCUGUCACAUGGCUGUCCUCCAAGGCAAUGUCUCUGAGAAGACAUGCUGCCCCGUGAACUGGAAGGAGUUUGAGGGCAGCUGCUACUGGUUCUCUAGCUCUGUCAAGUCCUGGCCGGAAGCUGACAACUACUGCCGGCUGGAGAAUGCCCACCUGGUGGUGAUUGGCUCACUGAGAGAGCAGCAAUUUGUCCAGCAAUUUAUGGGCCCUGUGGACACCUGGAUAGGCCUCACUGACCAGAAUGGGCCCUGGAAGUGGGUGGACGGAACAGACUACGAGAAGGGUUUCAAGAACUGGAGACCAGAUCAGCCUGAUGACUGGUACGGGCACGGGCUCGGAGGAGGGGAGGACUGCGCCCACUUGACUGUGGACGGCAGAUGGAAUGACAACGUCUGCCAGAAACUCUACCGCUGGGUGUGUGAGACAGCGAGGAACCGCACGGCCUAGAGCCACCUGCCUCUCCUGCUAAUUUAUUUCCUCAAGGAUCUGCCUGGGGCCGGAGAGCCUCCUGAUUGGGGCCCUCCUUCACCUUGGAGAGGUUUUCAUCUGGGAGAUUAGGGAAGGGAAAGGAUGGUCUCUGAGGAAUGUCAGUGAUGUUUGGAGGGGUGGAGAGUGAAACCUAUGGAAUUAUUUUUGCAGGUUAUUUUUGUCAAGUUUUUUUUUUGUAAAUUGUAAAAUGGAGAGAAAAUAUACUAAAAUUCUACAAACUGUCUGGUUAUUGGGGGUUAGGAAUUGGAUAUGAGCUGGCUGGCAUGUUGUAUUGGUUGCCUUGGGUAAGCAACUGUGAUGAGUGUCUGGGCUUUGGAUUUGAUUCCUAGGUUAGGAGUCUGGCUUAUCUACAGGUGUAAAUUAGAGCAAGGCUUUCUGCUCGUUGAGUUUCAGCUGUAGAAGUAUCAUUAGCAAAGACUGUCCUACUUAUGGCAAUCUUACUUCCAAACCCCAAACAAAACUGAUGUAUUGAGGUGCUUUAAAAGUUUUGUUUGAGGGGGCUGGAGUGAUAGCACAGUGGGUAGGGCUUUUGCCUUGCACGCGGCCAACCCAGGUUCGAUUCCCAGCAUCCCAUAUGGUCCCCUGAGCACCGCCAGGAGUAAUUCCUGAGUGCAUAACCAGGAGUAACCCCUGAGCAUCGCCAGGUGUGACCCAAAA